AUGACACCUGGAUGUCGGCCAAUGAGGUGGAUGGAGAUGUGGAGGAUCCCCCGAGCUCUGACCGACCAUGGAAGGUCCAUGCCAAGUGGGUGCUGGACACAGACGCCUUUAAUGAGUGGAUGAAUGAGGAGGACUAUGAGAUGGAUGACAACAAGAAGCCCUUCAGUUUCCGCCAGAGGAUUUUCCCCAAAGAGGAGGAGGUACCACCACACGCCUUUCCUGUCCUUAUGGUCCCUUUGUAGCGCCGUAUCUGUCGCAUGUACAGUCUGCAUGCUUGUAUCUAGACACUGUCCGUCGGCCAUCUUUUCCUGACUUUUCCUCAUGCUUUUGUCUAUUGUUGACAGGGUUUCUGUGA